AGAUUUGAGCGGAUAGGAGACCUUGGAGACCUUCAAAAAGCCAUCAAGCACGGCGAAGACGCACUAGCUGCCACCCCUCUAGAUCACCCAGAUCGAGCAGGUAGACAUAAUAACCUGGGAAAUAUGCUGUCUACGAGAUUUGAGCGGAUAGGAGAUUUUGGAGACCUUCAAAAAGCCAUCAGUCACGGCGAAAAGGCGCUAGCUGCUACUCCUCCAGAUCACCCCCGCCGUGCGAUCAUGUGCACUAGCUUGGCUAAAUCUUUACAAUCACGAUUCUCCCAGCUAAAGUCCCCCGAGGACUUCACCAAAUGCCUUAGGCUAUACCACGAAGCAUUCCGUUGCGUAACUUCGCCACCCAGGAGCCGCAUUCAGGCGGCUCGCCGCGCAGCUACUUUACUCUAUUCAGCUAGAAAGUUUCCCGAAUCAAGUUCCAUACUCGAGGAUGCAGUUAACUUGAUGCCACAUGUUGAUCUCCGAUUCCUAACACGUGAUGACCAACAACACAUACUCUCGCAAAUUUCUGGGCUUGCAUCCGUUGCUGCUUCCAUGGCUCUUCAGGCUGGGAGAGAAGCCUACCAUGGUCUUAAGUUGCUAGAGCUUGGACGUGGAAUUAUAAUGGGCUUUUCAAUCGACGCAAGAUCUGAAGCUUCCGAUCUUAAAAACGACCACCCGCUCGAGUUCGACCAAUUUAACAGUCUCCGGGUUCAGAUUGACUCGGAAAUACAUGAUACCAAUUGUGCAAGUGAUGAAACGCCCGAACCACGCCAAACACGUGCGAUAUCCAGGCGCUAUGACGCUGUUAAUGGGAUGGAGAAAAUUUUAAAACACAUCCGCAGUUUACACGGCUAUGACGGAUUCCUGCUCCCCCCUCCUCGAGACGCGCUGAUGAAAAUGGCGACAAAUGGUCCCAUUGUUGUCUUCAAUACCACCAUUUAUAGGAGCGAUGCCAUAAUUGUCACCACCUCCGCUAUAACUUCAUUAGAACUUCCAGAAUUGAGCUAUGACGACACAGUAAGCCGCAUGAACCAAUUGGCUAGUUUUGGAGGUGGAUCCUUUCUUAAGCGGCGUCAGGAUACCAAAGGGAUGAAAGACCUCCUCCUCUGGUUAUGGAGAGUAGCAGUAGGGCCUGUUUUUGACCACCUCGAAGGCAGCGGGGUCUUCAUGAGCGAUGGUGUUCAUGAAAACAAUUUGAAGCGGAUUUGGUGGAUUGGGGUUGGUCAAUUAAGUAUGGCACCUUUCCAUGCGGCCGGGGACCAUUCACCAGGGUCGAUCCGUAACACUAUCAGUCGGGCCAUCUCAACAUAUAUCCCAACAAUCAAAGCCCUCUCCUAUGCACGCCAAAAACAACUUCAGCUUUUUGAGGAAUGCGAUUCUUCGUUUUCAGCUGAGCGAUCUAAGAAAGCUAAAAUUCUCAAACAACGGAAUCCCCGCCUACUUCUUGUUCCGAUGCCGGAAACACCAGGGGCGCCGGAGCUACCGGGAGUCAGCGAAGAAGUUGAAUAUAUAAUUAGUUCCUCAGCCAAAAGUUUAAUCGAACCCACCCUGUUGAGUGGUCCAACCCCGGCAGAGGUCCUCGAGAGAAUUAAGUACAACGAAAUUGUCCACUUCGCCUGCCACGGAGUGUCUUGUCUCAACCCCUCUGACAGCCACCUCAUUCUGUUCAACCAGGAUAGGAUUAGUGCUGGUAAGCUCAUGGCGCGCGAUGUAUCCAAUUUGGUUACACAAAAUGCACAGAUUGCGUACCUUUCGGCCUGCUCCUCAGCUAGAAACCCCUCCGCUAAGUUAGCCGACGAAGUCAUACACCUAGCCAGCUCAUUUCAGCUGGCGGGGUUCAGUCACACAUUUGCAAACAUGUGGGAAACAGACGACCAAGCCUCAAGUGAAGUUGCGAGAGACUUCUAC